UUGGAGUACGCUAGCUAAUUCGGAGCCGGCAAGCAAGGGUGAGCAUGAUUCGGCCAUCGUAUAAAUUUGUGAGUUCUCUCAACCCCUGGCUGAGAACACCAUCAUCAGUACCGGAGAAGCUUUCGUGUGUUGUGAAAUACGGUUAUUGUGCCUAUCGUUACAUUGGAAGCACGGAAUCCGCAGACAUGGCUGAUUCGGACUACAAGAGCGCCAAAUCGGUAUACGAUUUCACCGUGAAGGAUGGCCAGGGCAACGACAUCAGCCUGGAGAAGUACCGGGGCAAGGUCCUGCUGAUCGUCAACAUUGCCUCCAAGUGCGGCCUCACCAAGGGCAACUACGAAGAGAUGACGGAACUGAACAAAAAGUACGAGGGAAAGGAAUUCAAAAUGCUAUCAUUCCCUUGCAAUCAGUUCGGUUCCCAAAUGCCCGAGAAGGAUGGAGAAGAAAUGGUUUGUCACUUGAGAAGUGCCAAUGCUGAUGUUGGAGAUGUGUUUGCUAAGAUCAACGUGAAUGGGGACGAGGCUGAUCCUUUGUACAAAUACCUAAAACACAAACAGGGUGGCAUUCUGGGCAGUCUCAUCAAGUGGAACUUCACAAAGUUCCUGGUUGACAAGGAAGGACAACCCGUGGCACGAUACGCCCCGACGACAAAUCCACGGGAUAUUGUCAAGGACAUUGACAAACUUCUGUAGAAACUGGUCACCUAAAGUCGGCUUUAGAGAGCUUUUGCAUUUGAAUUGAAAAAAAAUGUUGUUCAUUUUGAUGUUUUGCUUCUUAGUAUUUGUUGAGUUAAGUCAUUGGAAAUGAUAAGAAAAAAUUCUCUUGUCCAGUGCUGGACUACAAAACUACAGAUACUAUUUUUUGGAAUAACUCACCUUUGGGUAUAGAUAGCUUUAGAAGUAUAACAAUAUGCAUUCAAAUAAACAUCAUAAAACUGUGCA